AUGGCUUCCAAUAUCUUCCCUCAAAUCAGCCCGCUGUCUCGAGGGUCGAGGUCGUUUUACAAGGAACUGAGAGGAGAUACUGACGGCGACCUGGAUAUCGAAGGACACGCAGGCCUGGAUGUGGACGAGGAGAACCUGCAAGAGCAGUUCCAAGACUACGACCUGGACCACAUGCCAGGUCUUGCAGCAGAAGACAGCCACGCGACUCUCGACAGCAAUGCCAACCUGCUUAAAACACCUGCAGGAGCCACACCGGGGCCGACUGGUCGCAGAACUCAUCGUGGCGGAAUCCGACAAGAGACGAGUCCACGAUGGCUGGGACAGGAUGACGAUGGAGAUAAUGACGUCCCGGCUUCUCUGCUGGUUGAGCCACACGAAGUGGUAGCGCAGUCCAAAGGAUCUGGGCGAAGGAAGCCAGCUGCUAUUCCGUCGAGGCAAAACGCAAUACCUGGUCCCUCUAGUCGACGAACCCAUGCCCAAUGGGAGGCAACACAAGCGCAGCAAAGGCUUCAUCCAGCAGAUCCCGUCAAGCCAAUCAGGCCCCACGCGAAGCAAUAUUCCAGAGGCCUUGCAUCCAACAACGAGAAAGAAAAGGCUCUGUGGAGAUGGGUUAAUGUCUCGAACCUCGACUUCUUCGUUCAGGAUGUUUACUACUACUAUCGAGGGAGCGGUUUCUGGUGCAUCGUGUGCGCGCGGGCAUUGCACCUGGUCGAAUCUGCCUUCUUCGCCGUAUUUUUGACCUUUCUCACUCAAUGUGUUGAGUACACGAAAAUCCCCAAUAGCAACUCGUUGAAAGAAGUUACGAUUCCUCAGUGCACCAGAAAGAUGUCAUUCAUGUGGAAUACAGGUUUGUGGCUGUACAUCUUUUACUUUAUAUGGAAGACGGUACAGUUCACCAUGGAUCUUCGGCGUCUGAACCACAUGCGCAACUUCUACAUAUACCUACUAGAGAUACCGGAGGAGGAUAUGCAGACCGUUUCCUGGCAAGACAUCGUUGCCCGCGUCAUGGCAUUACGGGACGCGAACCCCAAAACAGCCAUCAACGUGCGCCCUUCUGCGCGAGAGUGGAUGCGCAACCAGUCCAAGGAGAGGUUGGAUGCUGCGGACAUUGCCAACCGUCUCAUGCGGAGAGAGAACUACUUGAUAGCCAUGAUGAACAAGGAUAUUCUCGAUCUUACGCUCCCGAUACCAUUCUUGCGACAACAUCAGUUCUUUUCCCGAAGUUUGGAAUGGAACUUGCAUUUCGCAAUCCUGACUUAUGUCUUCGACUCCAAUAACCAGGUUCACCAAGAGUUCCUCAAAGCCGAUCGCCGCGGCCUCUUGAGCAUCAAGUUGAAGUCGAGGCUGGUCUUCGCCGGGAUCAUCAACUUGUUAAUUGGGCCAUUUGUGGUCGCGUAUCUCAUUGUGGUGCAUGCAUUCACGUACUACAAUGAAUACCAGAAAGACCCUUCAACCUUCAGCCACAGAAGGUACACGCCUCUUGCAGAGUGGAAGUUUCGCGAAUUCAACGAGGUCCCGCAUCUCUUCCAGGAGCGUAUCAACAUGUCCUAUCCGUUCGCGAGUCGAUACAUUGACCAGUUCCCGAAAAAAAUGACGGAACAGUUUGCUAGAACGGUAACCUUCGUCGCAGGAGCCAUUACUUCAGUUCUUGCUGUCGCCUCAUUCCUCGAUCCGCAGCUCUUCCUUGGGUUCGAGAUCACAUCCGAGCGAUCGGCACUGUUCUAUAUCGGCGUGUUCGCCGCCAUAUGGGCGGCUGCAAGAGGCAUGAUAUCUGAAGAGACAACCGUGUUCAACCCAGAGCACGCCCUGCUCUAUGUCAUUGAGUACACGCGCUACAUGCCAGACCACUGGAAGGACCGUCUUCAUACAGCCGACGUAAAGCGUGAAUUCUCGGAGCUUUACAAGCUGAAGCUGGUGAUUCUAAUUGAGGAGAUCAUUGGUAUACUUACGGCCUCGCUGGUACUGAUCUUCUCGGCACCGAAAUGCAGCGAUCAGAUAAUCGACUUCUUCCGUGAAUUCACAAUCCACGUAGAUGGAGUUGGCUACAUCUGCUCGUUCGCCGAGUUCGAUUUCAAGAAGGGCGUGGGUAAGGCCAAGCAACAGUCUGGCCCUGGCGACGUUCGAGAAGACUAUUAUUCCACGAAGCAUAAUAAGAUGGCAGCAUCUUACUAUGGCUUCUUGGACAACUAUCGUUCCCGGGGCUGA